CCAACGAUGUGUAAUAGGAAACCAGGGGGUGUAGCAACUCUCAUAUAUAUCUUCGCAACAAAGCAGCAUCUGACAUGCUGAGGCUCGCGCGCGCACGCUGGACAGCUACGAUACCUCAAAUCCAUUCCAGCACUUCCGAGUCUUCCCCUUCUGAGCAGGCGCGAAAGGUAGAAUCCCAUCCUGCUCGCGAUGGUAUUCCUACUAUAGCCCCAUCGAUGAAUGUCAGGCGUUUUGAAUGGCCCUCUGAUGCGUUUUAGCGUUAAAAUCGACAAAGCGUAUGGAGGGUAAACAGGGACGGAAUUGGAAUCGGACACCAUUAGUGUUUCUAGGGAGACGUUUAUCAUCCCUGCGCGUUGGUGGCUAUGUCAGGGCAGCCGUCGGUGUUGGGUGGGCUGUGCAUCCGGCGUGGACGAGACGUCUGGCUACUAUUGCAGAGCCCAUUGCUCCUGCCGAAAUAAUGGUGAUGAUUGUGGGGGUGGUGGGGUUGGAUUAGGACCACUGAGUUGUUAACGGAUUCAUGUACUCUGGAUAAAUAAUGGUGUUCCCCCUGGAGGGCUUCUCAGAUUCAUCGCGUACUAACCUCCUGUUGGUGUGCUGGACAGAAGACCGGGAAGGGUUCAGAGCCAUUCCAAGAGGAGUGGAGUGUUUGAAUUUGAAGGCCUUCAGCAAGGGUUGCACAAGACGCCUAUAUCAACACUUAUAUAGCGUCGUACGCAUCAGGAUUCAGGACCGUAAGUAUAUGGGGGAUUCGUCAGAGCAACGUCAGAGCAAGGGUUGUAC